GUAAUGAAUCAGUCAAUAAUUUAUGUCAUGAGAUAUUUGAGUUUGUUUUGCAGGGUUAUCAGAAGCAAUGUUGGAAUCUGAAUUUCAGCGUGAACAUGCUUUUGAAAGUGCUACAGAACAAGAAUUAACCUGUCCCAUUUCCGAUAACCUUCAUGAGUCAGUUGAGGCUGACGAUGACUCUGUUCAGAUGUUAGAUAAUUUGACCUUGAAUACCAAUCCUGCUGAGAGCUGUGAGUCUGAGGAAAUUCAAACUAAAGCUCUUCCCUCAAGUUCCUCGGGACAAGAUUUAGUUGCAUCAGAUGAAGAUUCAGAGGACGUGGAACUUGGCGAUACAUUCUAUAGUUGCUCUGAGCUUUUACAGAGGAAUUGCUGUGUACUACCAUACAAAGCACAGAAGAAGACCAAAGAAAAUCCAUUCGAUUUUGAUGUUAGGACUUGGUCUUCUCCUUGCGAUUUUCCCAGGUUUGGAGAGAUGAUCUUGCUUUCCCCUGUGUUGAACCCAAUGCCGUUCUUCUCUUGUUGCACCAAAAGAGCAAUCUUCUGUUCCUCUCCAGGCAGCUCUCAUGGAGGUUCAACUCCCCGUAGUCCCUUCUCUCCAUCAUCUCCACGUGAAAGGCAUAAUAAAGGUCUGGCGGAUUCCAGAUUUCAACGUCCCCUGCCCAAUUCUUCAGCUCUAGAUCCAUCAUCCCCUGGAUCAAUGCUCCAUGGAGGACACAAGUCCCACGAGGCUUUCCAAAUGAAACAGGGGCGAUUUGAUCUCCAAGCCGCAAAGAUUUCAGAACUGAUGAAAUCAAACAAUUUAGAUAAUGCUCCCACACAGUCACUUCUAAGUAUCGUUAAUGGAAUUCUUGAUGAAACUAUUGAGAGAAAGAAUGGUGAACUCCCUCAGCGUGUAGCAUGUCUGCUGAGAAAAGUCGUGCAGGAAAUCGAGCGACGAAUUUCAACUCAAUCUGAACAUCUAAGAACGCAAAACAGUGUGUUUAAAGCUCGUGAGGAGAAGUACCAGUCAAGGAUCAAAGUUCUUGAAACCUUAGCUUCAGGAACUAGUGAAGAAAAUGAGACAGAAAAGUCCAAGCUGGAAGAAAAGAAGAAAGACAAAGAGGAGGAUAUGGUUGGGAUAGAGAAAGAAAAUGGUCAUUAUAAUCUUGAAAUUUCUACUCUAAGGCGAGAACUGGAGACAACCAAGAAAGCAUAUGAACAACAAUGCUUACAAAUGGAAAGCAAAACAAAAGGCGCUACAGCUGGUAUCGAGGACAGGGUUAAGGAGCUUGAACAAAUGAGAAAGGAUGCAAGCGUUGCAAGAAAAGCCCUUGAGGAAAGGGUUAGGGAGCUUGAAAAGAUGGGAAAAGAAGCAGAUGCUGUUAAAAUGAAUCUUGAGGAAAAGGUGAAGGAGCUUCAAAAAUAUAAAGAUGAGACGAUAACUGUCACUACAAGCAUUGAAGGUAAAAAUCGAGAGCUUGAACAAUUUAAACAGGAGACAAUGACCGUCACUACAAGCCUUGAAGCUCAAAACCGAGAGCUUGAACAAGCUAUAAAAGAGACAAUGACUGUUAAUACAAGCCUUGAAGCUAAAAACCGAGAGCUUGAACAAUCUAAAAAAGAGACAAUGACUGUUAAUACAAGCCUUAAAGCGAAAAACCGAGAGCUUGAACAAAAUCUCGUCCACUGGAAGAGUAAAGCCAAAGAAAUGGAAGAAAAAUCAGAGUUAAAGAAUCGAAGUUGGAGUCAGAAAGAACUUUCCUAUAGAAGCUUUAUCAGUUUCCAGUGCCAGGCGCUACAAGAGUUGAGGUUCUAUUCUAAGUCUAUCAAACAAGAAAUACUAAAAGUUCAAGAUAAGUAUACAGUAGAGUUUAGUCAAUUAGGGAGGAAAUUGCUUGAACUUGGAGAUGCUGCCGCAAACUAUCACGAAGUCCUAACUGAAAACCAAAAGCUCUUCAAUGAACUUCAGGAGCUUAAAGGAAACAUUAGAGUGUAUUGUCGAGUGAGGCCUUUCUUGCGUGGGCAAGGUGCAUCAAAAACUGUGGUAGAACACAUUGGUGAUCAUGGGGAGUUGGUAGUUCUCAAUCCAACAAAACCUGGCAAGGAUGCUCAUCGAAAAUUUAGGUUCAAUAAGGUCUACAGUCCUGCCUCUACUCAAGCUGAGGUAUUUUCAGAUAUAAAACCUCUUAUUCGAUCAGUUCUUGACGGGUACAAUGUAUGUAUCUUUGCAUAUGGUCAGACAGGAUCAGGGAAAACUUACACAAUGACUGGUCCAGAUGGAGCAAGCGAAGAAGAGUGGGGAGUAAACUAUCGUGCUCUCAAUGACCUCUUCAGAAUCUCUCAAUCCCGUAAAAGCAACAUAGCGUAUGAAGUUGGGGUGCAGAUGGUGGAGAUAUACAAUGAACAAGUGCGCGAUUUACUCUCUGGUGACAGUUCUCAAAAGAAACUAGGGAUUCUCUCUACAACUCAACAGAACGGUCUUGCUGUACCUGAUGCAAGCAUGUAUCCUGUGACAUCCACCUCGGAUGUUCUUGAAUUAAUGAGCAUUGGGCUACAAAACCGAGUUGUUAGCUCCACUGCCUUGAACGAAAGAAGUAGCCGCUCUCACAGCAUUGUCACUGUUCAUGUUCGUGGCAAGGACUUGAAGACUGGUUCUGCGCUGUAUGGAAAUCUACAUUUGGUAGAUCUAGCAGGUAGUGAGAGAGUUGAUCGCUCGGAAGUUACAGGAGACAGACUUAAAGAAGCACAACAUAUAAACAAGUCACUCUCAGCUCUAGGAGAUGUGAUAUUCUCUCUUGCUUCAAAAAGUUCUCAUGUACCAUACAGGAACAGCAAACUAACUCAGCUUCUCCAAAGCUCUCUAGGUGGUCGAGCAAAGACACUAAUGUUUGUUCAACUGAAUCCUGAUAUUACUUCAUAUUCAGAGUCAAUGAGUACUUUGAAAUUCGCAGAGCGUGUCUCUGGAGUUGAGUUAGGAGCUGCUAAGAGCAGCAAAGAUGGUAGAGACGUUAGAGAAUUAAUGGAGCAGUUAGGGUCCCUUAAGGACACAAUAGCGAGAAAAGACGAUGAGAUAGAGCGGCUUCAUUUGCUUAAGGACAUAAAUUACCCACAGAGACUGCAGAAAAAGAGCUUAGGACAAUCCGAUGACUUUAACUCAGAAGCGGGAGAUUCGCAGUUGUCUAUAGAAGAUGACUCAAGAUUCCAACACGAUUAUACCAGACAGUCACGACACUCUGUCACGGACGGGGAGGCCUUAGCUUCUUCCACUGAUGCGGAGUAUGAUGAUGAAACAGAAGGAUCCACUGAUGCUCCUUGUGCAGCAGAAGGGAGAAAACCUUUAAAGAUUUCAGACAAACCUAAACCGGUGACUCCAAGGAGUAAUACGACAACAUCACGACCACUUGAUAAACUCAAGCAAGUCACUAUGAGGACGACAAACAUUGCAAAGGCUACGUCAGCCUUGUUGUCACCGAGUUCUCAAGGCAUGAAGAAGACGGGAAGUGCUUCUAAUUUUCUAAAGUCACCGAAAGAUUCGAAACGUUGGUCUUAAAAAUAGUAUAUUUUCCUUAGCAUCUAAUUUUUUAGCUUUUUAAAUAAGAAAUUAUUUU